GAGAACAUCUACAACCUGCCCAACUUCCUCACCGUCACACGUCUGUUCGCAGCGCCGGCGACGGCUUACCUGCUCCUGCACGACCAUCACACAUGGGCCCUCGGACUGUUUGCCUAUGCCGGAAUCACGGACCUGGUGGAUGGCUGGAUGGCGCGGAAGUGGAAGCUGCAGACGGUGGCGGGCAGCGUGAUCGACCCUAUGGCUGAUAAGGCUCUAAUGAUCAUCCUGACCGUCACGCUUGCGGUCAAAGGAGCGAUACCAUUGUAUCUGGCGACUCUGAUCCUUGGCCGCGACGCAUCACUCGCCGUCGCCGCCAUCUACUAUCGCUAUGCCUCGCUACCCGCGCCCAAGACCUUCCUACGAUACUGGGACUUCUCGCUGCCUUCGGCCGAGGUGCAUCCCACGACCGUCUCGAAAUACAACACCUUCCUGCAGCUCAUCCUGAUCGGAUCGACCCUCGCACUGCCAGUGGUCGCGGCUAGCGGACAGCAGACGGAGGUCCUAAAUCUCAGCACGGAGCAGCUGCACACGGCGAUGCAGUACUUCCAAUACGUCGUCGCCGCCACGACGGCAUGGAGCGGGUUGAGUUACGCGUACCUCAAGAACGUGGUCACGAUCCUGGGCACGAACGAGGAGUUGAAAGCCAAGCAGGGCGCGAGAGGACGAGCCAUCAUCGGCGUGACGUUUGGUGGGUGUGUGUUGGCUGCUGCAUGGCUCGCGGCGAACGUCGAUAGACCUGUUGCUGCUGCCGAGAAGGAUGGGGAGAAGGAACAGGAAGGAACCGCGUAG